GCUGCACACCAAGUCGCCCGUCAUACUCUGCAGCGCCUCGCAUAUCCCUCAUCCCUCUGCCUCCCUCGUCUCUUCGCUCUGAUCCUCUUUCCCCUUCACCCACACCACGCCCCCGCCGCCUUGAUGAGACGGUAGCAGCCAGCCCUAUGCCCGUGCGAAUAAUGCGCUUUCGCCGUCUCGCCUGAUUGAUUGUCUGUCCAGGAUCGCCCCGCGACGCUUUAUUAUCGAUAGAGCGCGCUGCUGGAGCCGCUAGAUAUUUUGCCGACUCCUGUCUUCACUUCCCCCCAAAACAAACGCUGCUGCUACUGCUGCCGCUGCCACCAUGGCGAGCCCACAGGAAAUGCAGCCUACUGUCGAGGACUGCUACUCGGAUGACAGCGAAGGCGGCUCUAUCCCCUUCCAGGGCCGCCGGUCGCCCAAUGCCGCUAACGUCUCCACCAAGCGCUCGCACCCUUCCGACUUGGAUAAAGAAAUGCCGCCCGCGCAGCAGAGGGCGCCGGCCAACAUCGACCUUCGCUCCGACUCAGGGUACAGCAGCUACACCACCGCCACCGUCAGCAGCACUAAUUCCGCUCAAAGUGCUCCUCCCCAGCGCAGCCCGCCCCAGGUGCCUGCCGCCGCUGCCCCAGCGCCUCCCCAGCCUGAGGCUCCAAAGGCCCGACGACGCCCUGUCCCGACGGACACGACCGAGAAGACUUCCAAGUCCUCUUCGCGGCCCAAGCCCUCUCGCACUGCUUCGUCUGCCUCCAAGCCUCCCGCUGUCGUCCAACAACAGCCACCGGAACGUAAACGCAGGCCGACCGUUACCCAGGAGUCCCGCCCGGAGCGCAGAGAUCGUCGUGACAGCAGAGUUGAACCGGAUGGUGCCGAGCCUAGACGCACCAAGUACGACCCCAACGCCCCUGCCUCAGCUGUCCGUCGUCGCCCUGACAUACAGCCAUCUCAAUCCGCUCGCGACGUGACCCGUCCUAUCCCCCAAGACACACGCUCAAUGCAUUCUGAUCCCCCCUCGUACCAGCAGGCUCCGCCCUCACCCACGCACUAUCGACAGUCCUAUUACGCACAUGGAGCCGCUGUCAUCCAGCCAGCCGCAACACGUCGUCGGCCGUCGAUAUCGACCACUGGUCGACCGAUAAGCUACAGUGGUGAGCCCGGGCCUCAGUACCACUGGACUCAGGGUGCACCUGGAUAUCCUACCCCGCCCCCAGAGCGUGGACCGCCUCUUUCCAGCUCUGCCCACUACCCGCGAGGCUUUCCAAUGCCUGCCAUGGGUCAGAUGGGUCCUCCACAGACGCCCUAUGGAGUGCCACCCGGCUAUCCCCCUCAAUUCUAUCAGAUGCCUUACGAUGACGGACAGAGGCCAGGCAUGCCGCAGCGCAGCUCCUCCAACGCCGCACGUCGGGGACCCGCACCGCCUGUCAUCAACCAGGCUCCGCGCGAGCAGCAGUACUCCACAAGGUACAGCCAGCCUCAGAGCGCCACACACCCCAGGCUUCCAGCCCCGUUGCAGCUCAACGAUAGACCCCACGAGAGCGACUACGAAUCGGAGUCUGAGUUGUCUGAGGAUGACGAUUACUAUGUAUCCGAGCCUGAGGUCGAUCCCAACGACCCACGUACCCGCCGUGCGCUUAUGCCCCCGCCGCCUCCGAAGGCUCCCAAGUCCAAGUCGAACACCAAGACCAAGCCCAAGACCAAGAACGGGGAACGGCCUCCCUUGCCUCACGCUCACACUACCACAACCGUGGAGAAAGUUCGCAGCCACCGCCAUUCGAUGUCGACUCCUCCUAUUGUCGUCGAUGAGGACCGCUCCAGCCGUCACCGUACUACCAAAAGUACAAACGAGCCAUCCCGUCGACAGUCAAUCAGCCGACCUCUUCCGCCAGCCCAUACACAGACUGAAUAUCCCGCACGACGUGGCUCGGUCUAUGUAAACGACAGCGUCAAGGCUGAGCGGCGUCGGUCUGCUCACUACGGGCAUUCAGCCAGAGAUAAGGAGUAUGCGGAGUAUGCCGCGGGCAGGAAGGAGGCGGAACGCCUCGAAGCCGAAGAGCGAGCCAGGAAAGAACUCAAAGCCGCGAACCGUGCUAAACGUGAAAGACAAGCUCAACGACAAGCGGAGAACGAAGCUCGUUAUGAGGCUGAGCAAGAGCGCAAACGCGAGAAGCGCAACUCCAAGGUCUACUAUCAGCCUCCCGCGGCGUUCGACGAUAGCGACGAGGAGUAUCAAUCCGAUGAAGCCGUCGCACCCGUCGUUCCCGAAGCACCAGUGCCUCCCCGCCCUCGUCGUCCUACUGACGCCGGUGGGCGCAAAGCCAAAGAGAGUCUGGCUUUAGACUACAUCAACAGCCAACGUGGCACAGAUGUCCCGUUGAACGAUCACAUCCAUCGUGCUGCAAAAAGAGCUUCGAGGGUACCUUCAAUGCCUUCUCACUCCGGCUCUUCGGGAAGCGACAGGCAAAGCCAGUCCAAUCGCACUGCUCUUACUAGUAGCGGUAAUAACGAGAUUCGCCUCCGCGUUGACGCCAAUGCCCCACUCAGUCUGCAGUUCAAUGGCGAUAUGGAAGGCCGCACCAUGCAGCUCAUCCCGACUGAGGACGGCAUGGCAGAAUUAGUCAUCAGUGGGAGCCGUGAUAACGAGAGCAACUAUCACAGUAGUGAAAGAGGCAGCAACGCAGGAGACGGGCAGGCACUUGUACGACGGAAGCAGCCAGAGGAGAUGACCGAAGGAAGCAUGCGCAGCCACCGUAGUAGGCGCGAAAGCCGAGUAGUACGAGAUUCUUACGAUGAUCGAAUCGUUGAGGUGCCACGACCUUUGCGUCGCCGCGCCAACACCAGUUCGCAUUAUUACAACUAAGGAUCUCCGAACCUCAGACACUCGCGCGCGAAACGAAGAUGCGUAGCUCGACUUCGACGUUCUUCUCUGCUCGCCACACGUACGUUCCUAUCCUCAAUUCUGCGCGGCAGAUCUCUUUCGAUCUCUUUUCUUCAUUGGGUGGAUGAUUUCCAUAUCAAAAGCUUUCUACGAGCGUGGACAGGCCUUGGUGGCAGACCUGCUCAACAAAAAAGGUCGGAUCGGUUUCUUCAUCGCACGUUCGAUUUCGGCACAAUUGCCCACUCGCAUUUCAUGUUUGUAUGUUUGCUGCGUUCCCUGCGACAGUGCAGGUCACAUUGUUAUGGUUUGCCAGACUGGGACGCUCACGCACACCAACAUCUAAUGCGUAAGGGCGGUCACCGCCAUUGAACUUCUUGUUUGGACCGAUCAGAUUGUACGGUUAUCUUCUUC